AACACUGAUAUUAAUCUGAUAGAAACAUCAGUCCCAAUACAAACAGACACACAUGAACUCAACACACUGAAUACAGAGACAAAUGUAAAUGUGUAAAUACAGGAGGAGCUCUGACAUCACUGUAGUUCAGAGAGAUUCAGAGAAAGUGAAAGUAACUUGAUCAACAACAAUAUGGACGCCUGAAACGAUCAACCUCUUUAAACAACAGAAUAUUUAUUGAGCCAUUCAAAGAGUCUUGUGAACACAUCUGAUACUCACAGAGGUGAAGAACAAUGGCAGAAUUUUCACCAACAUCAACAACAGCAAGAAAAACCAGGAGAUGGAGUAUUAAGGAUAAACGUCCAUGGAUGUUAUCCUCCAGCGGUCCACUGACGGAGGAGCUUCAGUGCUCUAUAUGUCUGGACGUGUUCACUGAUCCAGUCAGCACUCCAUGUGGACACAACUUCUGCAAGACCUGUCUGAAUAAGUGCUGGGACAACAGCUGGACCUGCAACUGUCCAUAUUGUAAAGAAACAUUUAAGCACAGACCUGAUCUCAAGAUUAAUACCACACUCAGAGAGCUCGUAGAUCACUAUAAAAAGAAAAGUCCUGAGAAAAAACCUGAAGUUCUGUGUGACGUCUGUAAGGAAAGAAAGCUGAAAGCCCUGAAGUCGUGUCUGGUGUGUCAGAGCUCUUACUGUGAAACUCACCUGGAGCCUCAUUUGAGAGUGGCAGGUUUAAAGAAACACAAACUGAUCAAUCCUGUGAGGAAUCUGAAGGACUAUAUAUGUCAGAAACAUGAGAGACCUCUGGAGCUGUUCUGUAGAGAUGAUCAGACGAUUGUGUGUCUGUUCUGCACUGAAGGACUUCACAAGAACCACAACACUGUUUCUAUAGAAGAGGAGAGUGAAGAGAAGAAGACUCAACUGAUAAAGACACAGAAAGACACACAGCAGAUGAUCCAGGACAGAAUCAAGAAGAUUCAAGACAUCAAACACUCAGCAAAAGUCAGAAAAAUAAACACAGAGAAGGAGAAAGCAGCCCGUGUCGAGCUCUUCACUGAUCUCAUCCGCUCCAUUGAGAGAUGUCAGACUGAACUGCUGGAGAUGAUGGAGGAGCAGCAGAAAGCAGCAGAGAAACAGGAGGAAGAGCUCAUUGAAGAGCUGAAGCAGGAGAUCACUGAAUUAAAGAUGAGAAACACUGAGCUGGAGCAGCUCUCACACACUGAAGAUCUCCUCCACCUCCUACAGAUUUACUCAUCCCUGUACAGCUCUAGAAACACCAGGAACUGGUCUGAGAUCAGUGUGAAGACUGAUGAGAGUCUGGAGACUCUGAGGAGAGCUCUGACUCAACUGCAGGACACUCUACAGGAGAAACUCACACAAACUGUCUCUACAGAUCUGAAGAGGAUGCAGCAGUAUGAAGUGGAUGUGACUCUGGAUCCUGAUAUGGCUCAUCCUCAACUCAUCCUGUCUGAUGAUGGAAAACAAGUGAGACAUGGAGACAUUAGUCAGAAACUCCCAGACAACCCAGAGAGAUUUGAUCACUGUGUAUUUGUCCUGGGAAAGGAGGGAUUCUCCUCAGGGAGAUUUUAUUUUGAGGUGCAGGUGAAGGGAAAGACUGAAUGGACUUUAGGAGUGGCCAUUGAAUUCAUUAACAGAAAGGGACAGAUCGCACUGAGUCCCAGUAAUGGAUUCUGGACUGUGUGGCUGAGGAAUGGGAAUGAAUAUUUGGCCUGUGAUGAUCCUCCCGUCUCUCUCUGUCUGAGCAUGAAGCCGCAGCGGGUCGGUGUGUUUGUGGAUUAUGAGGAGGGUCUGGUCUCCUUUUAUGAUGUGGAGUCCAGCUCUCAUAUCUACUCUUUCACUGGUCAGUCUUUCACUGGGAAACUCAAUCCGAUUUUUAGUCCGUGCUUUAAUAAUAAAGGUAAAAACUCAACUCCAAUGAUCAUCACAUCUGUCAAAUACAAUAAAUUAAUUUACAGCCCUAAUAUGAAAUACACAUGAAAAUAAUGAUUUAUAUAAUUAAAAAUGUAAAAACAUGUUUUAUCAUAAGAAAUAAGAAUACAGAAAUUAAGGCAUCUUUACAAAGCCGAUUUAUGACUGCUCUGAAGCGGGUCUGUAUCUGCUCAGAAUUCAGUGUAAAGACGCAAUGCCGCAUUAAAGAAGACCUAAAAUACGCCGGGUCUGACCCACCUCAGCCCCUAGUAUCAAAGGCGACUCUGAUACUGUUCUGGUUCAGUGUAAAUGAACGCGGAAUAUAGCCGCCCUAAACUACGUCAUUGCCAUGACAACCAAAAGCAUUCCAGUCAGCUCCGGCGGCGCGAGAUUAAAGAAGCAGGAUAUGAAACAUAUAAGUUAGGGCAAAUAGUAAAAAUAAUGUCUACUAACAAGGGGCAUAAGUAAAAGAGUUCUGUACUCACGUUGUGAAGCAAACCACCAAAAUAACAGCAGAGAUUCGUCAUGUGUCAUCAGUUGGCUUUCGCCGUUUGUAAUCUUCCUAUGAAGAGACAGUCAGAUCAACGCGCUGCUACAUUUCUCUCAGAUACGGUAGCCUAAAUGCUUAACACAAUCGGCGUCACUUUGAUUGUGUAUUGUUAUAUUAUAUUCCAAAAAUCAUCUAGGCCUACUUGAGGACGAUAUUUCACCCACACACGACAGUCUGGUGAGUGGUGACAUCUAGGCUACUGUCCUGCCCGACAUGCAAACGCUAACAUUAUUUGUUGUUUCUGGCUCUUUGAAAAAAAAAAGAAAAAAAAAAAAAGUUCAACCUCUUUUAAUCCUGUUGUGAUCUACCCGGUGUAAUAAUGACCCACUGAGCAAAUUACGUCCAGAAGACGUCUUUUUGAGGUCUUGUCUCAGGUUGAAAAGACGUCCA